GCUCCAUAAAAAUACAGACUCACCAGUUCCUGCUUUGAUGUGACAUGUGACUCCCCAGAAUACACCUUGCUUCUGUAGACCAGCUCCAACAGGAUUCCAUAGUAGCUGGGAUGUUAGGGCUCAGCAGUGUAGUCUGAUGCUGACUUACCAUCAUGCAUUUCAUCGUCCCUCUAUCGGAUUUCCCAAUGGUUUGUUAUUAAAAAUACUGCGAGAUUGAACUUCCUCAUGUGCCAGUCUUUUUGAAGAACAGCUGCCUAGACUUGGAGUUGCUGGGAAGAAAAGUCAGAAGACCAGGACCUCCAGGGCCUCAAGGACAAACCCCUAAAGUUUAAAAAAGUGAAGAAAGAUAAGAAAGAAGACAAAGAGGGCAAGCAUGAGCCUCUGCAGCCAUCAGCCCACCAUUCUGCUGAGCCAGCAGAGGCAGGCAAAGCAGAGACAUCAGAAGGGUCAGGUUCUGCCCCGGCUGUGCCAGAAGCUUCUGCCUCUCCCAAACAGCGGCGCUCCAUCAUUCGUGACCGGGGACCCAUGUAUGAUGACCCCACCCUGCCUGAAGGUUGGACACGAAAACUUAAGCAAAGGAAAUCUGGCCGCUCCGCUGGGAAGUAUGAUGUGUAUUUGAUCAAUCCCCAGGGAAAAGCCUUCCGCUCUAAAGUGGAGUUGAUUGCGUACUUUGAAAAGGUAGGCGACACAUCCCUGGACCCUAAUGAUUUUGACUUCACGGUAACUGGGAGAGGGAGCCCCUCCCGGCGAGAGCAGAAACCACCUAAGAAGCCCAAAUCUCCCAAAGCUCCAGGAACUGGCAGAGGUCGGGGACGCCCCAAAGGGAGUGGCACUGCCAGACCCAAGGCAGCAACAUCAGAGGGUGUACAGGUGAAAAGGGUCCUGGAGAAAAGUCCUGGGAAGCUGCUCGUCAAGAUGCCUUUUCAAGCUUCACCAGGGGGCAAGGCUGAGGGGGGUGGGGCCACCACUUCCACUCAGGUCAUGGUAAUCAAACGCCCUGGGAGGAAGCGAAAAGCUGAGGCUGACCCCCAAGCCAUUCCCAAGAAACGAGGCCGAAAGCCUGGGAGUGUGGUGGCAGCUGCUGCUGCAGAGGCCAAAAAGAAAGCUGUGAAGGAGUCUUCCAUCCGGUCCGUACAGGAGACUGUCCUCCCCAUCAAGAAGCGUAAGACCCGGGAGACAGUCAGCAUUGAGGUCAAGGAGGUAGUGAAGCCCCUGCUAGUGUCCACUCUUGGUGAGAAGAGCGGGAAGGGACUGAAGACCUGCAAGAGCCCUGGGCGGAAAAGCAAGGAGAGCAGCCCCAAGGGGCGCAGCAGCAGCACCUCCUCGCCCCCCAAAAAAGAGCACCACCAUCAUCACCACCACUCAGAGUCCCCAAAGGCUCCUGUGCCGCUGCUCCCACCCCUGCCCCCACCCCCACCUGAGCCUGAGAGCUCUGAGGACCCCACAAGCCCCCCUGAGCCCCAGGACUUGAGCAGCAGCGUCUGCAAAGAGGAGAAGAUGCCCAGAGGAGGCUCACUGGAGAGUGAUGGCUGCCCCAAGGAGCCAGCUAAGACUCAGCCCGCAGUCGCCACCGCCGCCACGGCUGCAGAAAAGUACAAACACCGAGGGGAGGGAGAGCGCAAAGACAUUGUUUCAUCCUCCAUGCCAAGGCCAAACAGAGAGGAGCCUGUGGACAGCCGGACGCCCGUGACCGAGAGAGUUAGCUGACUUUACACAGAGCGGAUUGCAAAGCAAACCAACAAGAAUAAAGGCAGCUGUUGUCUCUUCUCCUUAUGGGUAGGGCUCUGACAAAGCUUCCCGAUUAACUGAAAUAAAAAAUAUUUUUUUUUCUUUCAGUAAA